AUGUCCCCGGCAGCAGCACUUAUGUUAUCCAUGACUUUCUCACUUCCUCUCGCACUUCUCUUCUACAUGGCCCAACUCCUGGGCUACAAGUUCCGUGUGCGCCACCUCCGUCUUCUUUCAGCAGAGGGGAUUUCCAUCAAGUCUCCAACGUGCUCCAUCGCUAUUGAUAGCGUUAAAAUCACUUUCCACAUUCCUCGCCCAAUUUCGCCGUACUUGAUUACAUUCGACGUCAAGAAAUACGAAUACACCGACGACAAAUGCCGGGUUUCUCUAGAGCAACUGCACGCCAAGAUCUGGUUCUUUCCUGUGCUCUUUCGGUGCACCGCUGGGCCUUGGAUCACAGUCCAUAUGGACGGCUUUGGAGUGCGGGUGUACACUUCCAGGAAAUUUCCCUUGUGGACCGCGCAGCUCCGGGACAACGUCAUUUAUACUUUUUUGAACGGAGAAACUCUUCGCCUCCACGACAUCAACACUAAAAUUGACCUCAACCCCCUCAACCCACCGGAACCGAGUAUCCCCGGAGAAACUGCAGAAAUAUUUAUCGAUAACGAGAAGGAACAGGCUCAAGAAGUCGCGAUACAAUUAUCUGCUUCUCAAUGGCACAUGCUCAAUCCGCGGCGUCGAUUGUACACCUUCGGAGACCUUGCAAUAGCCUACAAGAGGAAUUGGACAGAAGGCCAUGGAUCGUUGUGCAUUAUCGCUAAACAUUCCCAAUGGAACAAACUUCCUUCGAUUCUGUCCAUGGAUCGCUACUGCCAGCUUCCCGUUCUCCGGUAA